GGGUACCUGUGCUGCUGUGCACUGGGAAUGAUCCCAGACUCUCCCGUCUUCACUUCAUAGAGACUGCUGCAGGGCCACCAUGCCUCCAGUGCUGUGAUAUCAGUUGGCCUCCGUGAGAACUGAACACAAUUAUGAAGUCUGUGCUUUGCUUAUUAGCUGUGACAGUUAAAGUAUCACCACUUGGAGUCAAUGCAAUGAAUUCUGAAACAACGCUUGGUUAGCUGCUAAGCUGUUUUGUUUUUUACGAUUAUGGCUGAAAUAAAAACAUCUAGACAUAGUCAGGACUCAGACUGACAGAACACUCCUGGUGGGUAAGAGCGUGAGGCCCACUCAAGCCCCUGCUGUGCCAGCUGUGCUGUAGGAUGGUGGGCCAGCCACUGGAGUCUGAGCAUCCAUUUCCUCUCUUACGACGCAGUAGGUAAUGGUACCUCCCUUGUAGAGCUGUUCUGAGAAUAAAGUCAGAUGCAGGUCAAUCUCUUAGCUCAGUGCUGGCCAUGAAGUCAGUGGGUGCCAAAGAGUUAGAUAAAAGAAGAAAGUUUAAGGGUUUCAACAAUAUAAUGCUCUAAGUUGCUUUGGCUAGCUUUAGAUGAGGAGGACUAGCAGUGUGUGUGGGGGAGGUGGUGGGGGGGUUGACCACUGUCUUUCGCUCACUCUAUUCAUCCAUUUAAAUGUUUGCAAGCACUUUCAUGGUGUGCUUUGCUCUCUCAACGGUAGCGCUGGGCAGAAUCCAUCGAAACAGAUGUUGCCUCAUGUGUCUUAUAGGAGCAAUAGGUAUCCUCUAGCAAUUUGAUAGGAGAAAAACCUCCCCAACCAACUUCUGUCUGUAGAGUCAGAUGGGUGUAAAUAAAUUUCCUCAAUGUUUAUUCCCAAGAACUGAAAAAUGACAGCCAAAAGCAAGGAUGGAAAUACUCUUCUGAAGUAGAUUCUGUCUACAAUAGCACCCAUGAAGUAGGUUUGUAAGCCACUGAGGUUUUGAGGUGAAAGCAAAAACUCUUCCUGUGAGCCCAACAUGGGGGUAACUGUGCCAGUUCUAUGGAAUAGCUGUGUGGCCCUGAAACUGGCCUGUGACUCGUGCAGUUAAUGAUUACCCCAGCAGUUAUCUAAAACUACUUGGUUCCACUGGGCUGCAGGCAGUUCACCUGCAGAGGAGUCUCCAGGAACCAGCAUGUUCCCUUUGUUCUUUGGGGCUGGACUGGUGGUUCUGAACCUAGUGACCUCUGCUGGGAGCCAGAAGACAGAACCCCUUAGUGGCUUUGGGGACCAGCCGCUCUUCCGGGGAGCAGAUCGAUAUGACUUUGCCAUCAUGAUCCCUCCAGGAGGCACAGAAUGCUUCUGGCAAUUUGCCCACCAGACUGGAUACUUUUAUUUCAGUUAUGAGGUUCAGCGGACCCUGGGAAUGUCACAUGACUGGCAUGUUACCGCCACUGCACAUACCCCACAAGGCUUCCUCAUAGAAAACUCUCAGAAUGUUCGGGGCCAGAUUAACUUCUCUACUCAAGAGACAGGUUUUUAUCAACUUUGUCUAAACAAUCAGCAAAAUCACUUUGGUUCUGUGCAAGUGUACCUCAAUUUUGGAGUCUUCUAUGAGGGGCCUGAAAUAGACCACAAACAGAAUGAAAGAAAACAACUGAAUGAUACUCUGGAUGCAAUUGAGGAAAGUACACGGAAGGUACAGAACAACAUCUUUCACAUGUGGCGAUACUACAACUUUGCCCGCAUGAGGAAAAUGGCCGAUUUUUUCCUUCUCCAAUCAAACUAUAACUAUGUGAACUGGUGGUCGACAGCCCAGAGCCUUGUCAUUAUUCUUUCUGGGAUCCUGCAGCUGUAUUUCUUAAAGCGUCUCUUCAAUGUCCCAAUGACUACAGACACAAAGAAGCCAAGAUGCUAAGCUAAAAUAACUACAGCCCUGGCCCUUUUCUUCUGGGCAGAAGUUGGUCAAAGCUUUGGUGAAAGCAGCUUUGUAAAGUUAUUGACCAAAAAACAAAACCAACAAAAAGAAUUUCUCCUCUUAGAAAGUUUUAGUCUAUUGCUGUCAUCUACACAGGCAAAUGGCAAUAAA